CUUGCCUCUCCCAGGCAUUUGUUGUGCAGUUUCUCUUUGUCUGCUGGGCACGAGGGCAAGGCAUCUGCCUCCCCCUCCCUGUGCAUGCCCCUACUCCCACCCCUUCACUGAUUUGGGAAAGGGAUGCUUUAGGCUAGCACAACCCCCCCCACCACCGGACACACAUAGACAUUCUCUCCAGCCCCCUCCCCAACAACAUCCAAGCUCUGUCACACACGCUCCCGCGCUCGCUCACUCUCUCUCUCACACACACACACAGACACACAGACACACACACACACGCACACACACACACACACACUCACACACAUUCACCCUGGGCUGAGCUCUUCUUGCUGGCUGCAGCGGUGGGCCCCUGCUCACCGUGCCGCUGCCGCUGCCUGCGAAAUGACGGCGGUUCCCCUCACUUCCAGGAAUCCACGCUUCCUGGAAGGUGAGUGGCUGGGCUCACCCCUGCCUGCCACCGAGACGCAGACAUGCACACACCACCCGCACUCCCUCGCCGUUUCCAAGGCGGCGGCCGCGCUCACACCCCAGGGUCUCACCGGCAAGGGAAGGAUAAUGUAGCGGGGACUCAUCUCUGGAGAAGGAGUUCCUCGGGGCCCCAGUGGGGCCCUCGGUGAGCACCCCCAACAGCCAGCAUUCUUCUCCCAGUCGCUCACUCAGUGCCAACUCCAUCAAGGUGGAGAUGUACAGCGAUGAAGAGUCAAGCAGACUGCUGGGGCCAGAUGAACGGCUUCUGGAGAAGGAUGACAGUGUGAUUGUGGAAGACUCACUGUCUGAGCCCCUGGGCUACUGUGAUGGGAGUGGCCCAGAGCCUCACUCCCCUGGUGGCAUCCGGCUGCCCAAUGGCAAACUCAAGUGUGAUGUCUGUGGCAUGGUCUGCAUUGGACCCAAUGUGCUCAUGGUGCACAAGCGCAGCCACACUGGUGAGAGGCCCUUCCAUUGCAACCAGUGUGGUGCCUCCUUCACCCAGAAGGGGAACCUGCUGCGCCACAUCAAGCUGCACUCCGGGGAGAAACCCUUCAAAUGCCCCUUCUGCAACUACGCCUGCCGCCGGCGUGAUGCACUCACUGGUCACCUCCGCACCCACUCGGUCUCCUCCCCAACAGUGGGCAAGCCCUACAAGUGUAACUACUGUGGCCGGAGCUACAAACAGCAGAGCACCCUGGAGGAGCACAAGGAGCGGUGCCACAACUACCUGCAGAGUCUCGGCACUGAAGCCCAAGCGCUGGCCGGCCAGCCAGGUGAUGAGAUACGUGACCUGGAGAUGGUGCCAGACUCCAUGCUGCACUCAUCCUCCGAGCGGCCGACUUUCAUUGAUCGGUUGGCCAACAGCCUCACCAAACGCAAGCGUUCUACCCCCCAGAAGUUUGUAGGUGAAAAGCAGAUGCGCUUCAGCCUCUCGGACCUCCCCUAUGAUGUGAACUCGGGUGGCUACGAGAAGGAUGUGGAGUUGGUGGCACACCACGGCCUGGAGCCUGGCUUUGGAGGUUCUCUGGCUUUUGUAGGGGCAGAGCAUCUGCGUCCCCUUCGCCUUCCACCAACCAGUUGCAUCUCAGAACUCACGCCUGUCAUCAGCUCUGUCUAUACCCAGAUGCAGCCCCUCCCCGGUCGGCUGGAGCUCCCAGGGUCCCGAGAAGCAGGUGAGGGACCUGAGGACCUGGCUGACGGAGGCCCCCUCCUCUACCAUGCUCGAGGUCCCCUGACUGACCCGGGGGCAUCCCCCAGCAAUGGCUGCCAAGACUCCACAGAUACAGAAAGCAACCAUGAAGAUCGGGUUGCAGGGGUGGUAUCCCUCCCUCAGGGUCCCCCACCCCAGCCACCUCCCACCAUUGUGGUGGGCCGGCCCAGUCCUGCCUAUGCCAAAGAGGACCCCAAGCCACAGGAGGGGUUACCACGGAGCACCCCAGGCCCCUCCAAGGAAGUGCUUCGGGUGGUAGGCGAGAGCGGUGAGCCCGUGAAGGCCUUCAAGUGUGAGCACUGCCGCAUCCUCUUCCUGGACCAUGUCAUGUUCACUAUCCACAUGGGCUGCCACGGCUUCAGAGACCCUUUCGAGUGCAACAUCUGUGGUUACCACAGCCAGGAUCGGUACGAGUUCUCUUCCCAUAUUGUCCGGGGGGAGCAUAAGGUGGGCUAGUGACCUCCACCCCUCCCUUCAGUCCAUCACUCCACUGCCCCACCUACAGGUGUCGAGCCCUGUGCCCACCACAUCCCAAGGAGUUUUGCUUUUAGCCCCCACCACUGGCUACCUGACUUCAUACCUGCCCCUGACUCCUCCUCACCUCUUUCUUCUCCUCUGCCCUGACUUAUUUAAGCAUCAUGACGAGACUGGUCUUUGGCUUUUGUUUCCCCUUUCUCUUCUCUUCUCAUCCUAGCAUACUUGCUGAGUUAUUUAUUAAGAUAAUUAGUUGAUUUUUAUUUUUGCCUUUUUUUUCCAACUUGCAUCAGUCACUUGUCACUCUCCCACCCUCCCACCCUCCCACCCACAGUGCCCUUCUACUUAGGCCUAAAUUUUCUCUUUGAUCCAGCUUCCUCCAACAGCCCCAGGGGUAGGAAGCUCCUCUUAGUAUUAAGAGACUUUGAGCUUCUUCUUGCUUUAAGUCUUCACCCUUUACAUUAUCUGAUUCAUCAGUUUUGAUGUUGAUACCUCCCUCUGGCCCUACCUUAGCUCUGUGGCAUUAUAUCUCCUCUCUGGGACCCUUCAACCUGGUACUCCAUACCUCUUGUGCCCUCUCACCUUGGCAGCUUGCACUGUUCUUGAACGAAUAAAGAAUUUCCUCAUUUGGAAGUAGGAGGGGCUGAAGAAAUUCUCCCCAGACACCAUGGGACUGAGGGUCCUCUGAUAUUCCCCUAAUAAUAUGAAUUCCCAAAGCCCACAUUCAGGAUCUCCCUCUAGGAUGUGAUAUAUCUCUUCCUUCUCCUUGAACAGCCCUCAAUACUGCUCUAGGCUCCUCAACCUGCCAGUCUACUCAGUGAUGGUUUUUCUCUCUUUGGAAUGCCCCAAUUUUAUAUUCUCAGGGGCCAAGGCUAGGUCUGCAACCCUCUGUCUCUGACACAUUGGGAGCCACAGGUGCCUAACUGGGAGCCAGGGCAGGGGAAGGGGGUGGGUCAAGAUCUUUCUUUCUCCUCCACCUCUCAAACCUCUUCACUCUUGUGACCUUCCUAGUCUCUCAGGGGCUCCUUUAGUGCCCAGCCUAUAGAACUAGCAGGUUGCUGCCUGAUGACAAGAGGGUAUCUCAACCCCUAAGUCAUGCUGCCUUCUUCUUCCUCUCCCCUCCCCCAGCAGGAUUCACUCUUUCAUUCCAGGGCUCCUGGGCCCUGUUCUUAGGGUCUGUGACGGGGAGAAAAGAGUGUAUCUUUUCCCUUUUCUAGUUUUCAGUGUAACCAAAAAUCAUCCCCAGAUGAGCAAGGGCACAUGCCCCUCACCCCAUUCCACCCUUGUCCCAGCAAGAAUGGGAUGGGCACAACUGGACCAGGGUCAUCCUUUACUGCCUCCUUCUACAGUCAGCUCCCAGACAUAAGGCAGGAGGGGGUACUGUCCUCCUGGCUACUGCAGAGACCUCUGGGUACCCCAGGAUUAGUGAGAAGGGGACAGGAGGAGCUACAACUCCACUGGAAGUGAAGGUCUCUUUCUCCAAGAGUUCCCUGCCCAAGGCCACAGCCAUCCCACUCUCUGCUUCCUUGAGAUUCAAACCAAAGGCUGUUUUUCUAUGUUU